AUGGCAGAUUCAACCCCCACUUCAGCUGACAAGCUCGAAGAUGCCCUCGUUCGUCUUACCCAGCAACAGCUCACCAUGACCUCUAAGAUUGACGAACUCCUCCAUCGUUUACCACCAAUUUUUUCCCCCACCACAAACCCAAACACAAUCCUGUCGCACCCACCUCCACCACCUGCAUCCAUUCACAAGAUGAAGUUAGACGUGCCUCGUUUUGAUGGCACAGACCCAUCUAGGUGGAUAUUUAAGAUCCAUCAAUAUUUUGAGUACCAUGGCACACCCGCUCAUGAGCGUUUGACCAUAGCCUCGUUUUAUAUGGAAGGACAGGCCCUUGCCUGGUUCCAAUGGAUGGCCAACAAUGGCCAAUUUACCUCGUGGUCGAACUUCUUGCAAGCCCUGCAAAAUCGAUUUGCCCCGUCACACUACGAGGACCCCACCGGAACAUUGUUCAAAUUGACGCAGAAAGGCACUCUGAGUGCUUACCUGGUUGAGUUUGAAGCUCUCGCAAAUCGCGUGGUUGGUCUCCCCUCCCCGUUCCUCUUAAGCUGUUUCAUAUCGGGACUCUCCCCCGAUAUCCGCCGAGAAGUUCAAGUGUUGCAGCCGCUCACGAUGGCCCAAGCAGCGGGGCUUACUCGCAUGCAGGAGGAAAAAUUAAUGGAUGCACGACCCCUUCCGCGGCCGCGACAACCCUACAUCUCCACCGCGACACCCCCUCGAACUUCCAUCCCCACCCUUUCGUCUCCGCCACCUAACCCCCUCCCCCUUCUUCCCACUCCACCGCGACCACCCUCCACCAUUAAGCGUCUGACACCUGAGGAAAUGGCCUCGCGACGCGAACGCGGGCUAUGCUUCACAUGUGAGGAGAAGUACCAUCGAGGGCACAAGUGUGCCUCUCGAGUGUUUCUUCUCCUUGUUGAAGGAGACGACCCAACUGCUGCUAAUAUAAACCCUAUUGACCCGACCACUGACCCACCCGACCCGGACCCGGCCCACUACAUACCCGACACACAUGACCCGAUUCCAGCCCAGAUCAGCCUUAAUUCCUUAGCUGGACACAUAGCCCCUGAGACACUCCGUCUCGUUGGCACCAUCUCCGGUCAACAGGUGCUCAUCCUCAUUGAUGGAGGAAGCACUCAUAAUUUUAUUCAAGAGCAGCUUGUCAGCAAGUUGGGCCUUCAUUGUCGGCAGACCACACCACUUCGAGUAAUGGUUGGCAAUGGUCAACACCUCGAGUGUCAACAGCUGUGUACGGAAAUUCCGGUGGAAAUUCAGACGACCUCGUUCACGGUGGACUUAUACGUUCUACCAAUUUCUGGGGCCAACAUUGUGCUUGGUGUUCAGUGGCUUCAGUCUCUUGGUCCCAUCCUCACAGACUACAACACCCUGUGCAUGCAAUUCUUCCAUCAGGGUCGUCUUGUUGAACUCAAAGGUGAGAAUGACACCAAUCUCAGGCAAUUGUCUUCUCCCCAAUUUCGCAGGUUAUGUCGGACCCAGGGCGAUGGGUUUCUCUUCCACAUUACCAUGCUGACCGACAAUCCCUCCACGACUGAGAUCACCUCGUUGCACCCUGCUCUUCAGACUCUCCUUCUCCGAUAUGAUGCCUUGUUCCAGCCACCACAUACCCUGCCGCCGGCACGAACAACAGACCAUCACAUACAUUUAAUUCCUCAAGCAACCCCUAUGAACGUGCACCCUUAUCGCUAUCCUCAUUUCCAAAAGCGGGAAAUUGAGUCACAGGUGGAUCUCAUGCUCCAACGAGGCCUGAUUCAGCCCAGCACGAGUCCACUUUCCUCCCCGGUACUACUCGUCAAGAAGAGUGAUGGGACAUGGCGAUUCUGCGUUGACUACCGCGCACUCAAUGCCGUCACGGUCAAGGACCGUUUUCCUAUUCCGACCACAGACGAGCUCUUAGACGAAUUGGGAGGUGCCUGCUGCUUUUCUAAGUUGGAUUUAUUGCAGGGUUAUCACCAGAUCCGAAUGCAUGAUGCCGAUAUUCACAAAACAUCUUUUCAAACUCAUCAUGGACACUAUGAGUUCAAAGUCAUGCCUUUUGGGCUAUCUCCUCUUUCGAUGAACACUUGCGACAUCUUGAGACCACCUUUCAGGUACUCCUCACAAACCAAUUUGUCCUGA